GUGACAAACAUUCUAGCAGAUUUGACAUUUACCGCCUAAAUUUGAAAGAUAUAUGUGUUGCAAUAUUCUAAAAACAAACAGGCCAGUCAUAAGGCAAAAUAUAAGGCGCUACAAAAGUGAAUAAGCUGCAAUGUCUGGACUGGAAUCAUACGUGAAUAACACCGUAUCGAUCAUCACAGCCGAUGGUCGCAACUUUGUAGGUACGAUGAAAGGAUUUGACCAAACAAUCAACAUUAUCCUGGACGAGUCGCAUGAACGUGUUUACUCGAUGAAUGCAGGCAUCGAGCAAGUGGUACUUGGAUUACACAUUAUCCGUGGGGAUAAUGUUGCUGUGAUCGGUCAACUGGACGAAAGUAUUGAUAGCAAGAUAGAUUUUUCAACCAUUCGAGGAAUGCCACUCGAACCGGUAGUGCAUUAACCAUAUGGAGAAUUAUUUAUUUUUGAAGCGAAAGAAAAUAAAAGUCAGUGUAUGAGAAAA